AAAUGGUGCAUUCUUGGUCAUUACGCGUCUGGAUGUUUACGGGAGCACCGGUAACCUUCCGCUGAAAGAGCUCUUUGUGGUGGCUUUGUUCGACUGGAUAGUGGCAGUGCAGAGAAAGUGAGUGUUUGUUCUGUAAAGAAUAGUGUUGUGCGAUCGAAUCGAUCGGUGAGUUUGUGCAUUCAUUCAUUGUGUCUACACACAAGUGCCAUUGAGACGCUGUUAGGCAAAGUGUUGUGAGCUGCGUGAUAGGGUGAAGAAUUAGGAAAGCGAACGGAAUUCAUACAAGUGCCACAUAAUGAUGCAGCCAUUAAAGUUGUUGUUUGUGCUGUUAGUGUCCAGCGCAUCGGUGCGAGCCUUCUGGUGGUCUAGCCCAUCGAAUGAUCCACCGGUGGCCAGCAAACAGGUGCAGUACGUCCGUGCUUUUACCUACCAACCGGUAGCGUUUCCAGCGCACUCUCUCCUGACACCGCCAGCGCCGUACAAAUUCAUCCAGGCCAGUCCGGCGGCCAUUAUACCGAUGGCCAAACAGAUCAACCCGGUACAGCCCACCAGCCAGCAGCCCGUCCAGCCGGUACAGCAGCAGAGCAGCAGUAGUCCGUUCAGUAGCUUCUUCGGCAGUGCUUUCGGAGGGUUUGGCCAACCCGGUACCAGUAACUCCGUCUUGGGAGUUGAUCGGUCGAACUCCAUCUCCUCAGUCCCAUCGUACCAGCAGCAGCAGCAGCAACAGCAGCAGCAGAUGCACCAGCAGCAACAGCAACAACAUCAGCAACAAUUACAGCAAGCCCAACAGCAGCAGCAGCAGCAGCAGCAACAACAACACCAGCAACAUCACCAGCAGCAGCAACAGCAGAUCGUACCAGUCCUAUCCUCACCUCCAGUGACACCCUCACCGAGUGAAGUGCCAAGCGGCAACCAAGGACUACCUCCGGCGGCCGCCUUCUACCAGGGCCAGCAGCAUCCGAGCAAGUAUCCGUACUUCACGAUGGACCAGGUGCAGUACCUGUCCGGGCUGCCUUCCAACACACCGCAGACACCGCAGGUCCAGUUUGUGCCCUGCAUGUGCCCGAUCGCGGUCAACGUGCAGAGCAACCAUGCGGAGCUCGCCGACAAGCGGUUAGACGAAACGACCACGACCGACGCGGAAGUGGUCGUGCCGAGCGGUGAAAGUGAAAAGUGAGGCACGUUCUACAGCAGCGAAGAAGCGGAAUCGAAGCAAGGUGGAGCGCGAUGUUGUGAGG